CGCCCGUGUAAAUGAGAAUGAGUCUGACUCUGCCCCUUUAACACCGGCAGAGCUGAAUUUUCACGACACACAACACAAAGAAAUAAAAUUGAUUUAAUAGAUCGAAAUCUAUUUCAUAUUUCUUCAUUUGCUGAUCAUCGAACAAAGUCACCAAUUACAAAUUACAAAUUAUUUAUUAUACCGAAAUUCACCCAAGUACGAGUUUCAAUUUGAGAAGCUUUUUCGCAGUCUGUCCACAGCAAAUUACGGGGCGACGACAUGGAGGCGGCCGAACUGUCAGCAGAGGUCGAAUUCCUGAAACAAUUUGUAUCUCGGAGUCGGCAAAGAAUUUGCAAAGUUGCUCGGCGGAUAGGAAACAUGGCAGAACAGGAAAAACUUGUUGGAAUAUGUCGUGAUGUUACAAAACUGCUGAAUUUGCUUGAUAACAUUUUGUCCUUUCCACUUACGAACUUCUCGACCGUCGGUCUUCAAACUACAAUUUCUAACAAGUCAAGGAACGCCUCGACUAACAACGACGGUGACCAAGGCCCGGUUGAUGGUAGAGUCAGGGUAAAUGAAAAAAUGUGCCCUUCACCAAAAGGCGAGGACGACGACCAAUUUUAUAGUGCAGAUGAAGGCGACGAAUUUUACAGUGCAGACGAAGGCGACGAAUUUUACAGUGCGGAUGAAGACGACGUUCGAAUUAUUGGCCAACCUGAUAAAUCGAACCCUCGUAACAGCGAAACAAACUUGAAUUCCGGAGCAAAGUCGGCGGAUACUCUCUCUUCCAAGAACAUGGAUCGUAAACGAGGGAAGAAAUUUGAAUGUACCAAAUGCUCAAAAACGUUCAAACUUCAGAAGUACCUUAACCGGCACGUUGUCACGCACGACUCCGACGCGAAGGUGAAAUGUGAGAUUUGCGGAAAAAUUUUGAACCACCGAUUUGCCUUGGGUGUUCACAUGAGAAGUGUUCACACUAAUCGAGGAAAACGACCCAGUUGUGAUAUUUGUCGCCGAGUAUUUUUCAGCGCUUCCAAGUUACGUGCGCACUUUAAAACCGUCCACAGCAAGAAGAAACGGUCCCAUUUCCCAUGCAGAUUUCCCCACUGUGAGAAAAUCUACCUAAGCAAAGGUAGUGUUUCGCGACAUGUAAAAAUUGAACAUGUCCAGAACCCGGUUCGACUCCUGUGCACCCUUUGCGGAAAAGAAUUUAAGAUGAAGAGUGCUCUGGAGAGUCACAUUUUCGUCCACACGACCGAGAAGCCGUACAAGUGUACCACUUGUGGGAAGGAAUUUGCUCAAAAGCAUAGCUUGAAGCGACACGAGAUGACGCACUUGGACGAAUCUAACCGAGACAUUUUCAAAUGCUCCCUUUGUCCCAGGACUUUCCUCAGUGGACUUGAUUUACAAAACCAUAUCCAGGCUAGUCAUGAAAAGCAGAAAAAAUUCAGCACGUCCUGGGAUUUGAAAAGUCACGUGGGGGAGAGUCAUUCGAACACCAGUUCUGAAGACGGAAGACGACACGCCGAGGCGAACCAGGAAUGUUACUUCUGUGGAGAGAAAUUCGUCGCUUUUGAGGAAUUAGUAAAUCAUUGUAGUCGAAUUCAUACCUUGGAAAAGUAGGAUAAUUUUGAUUUUGGAUUAAUUUUUAUAAAUCUGGUUGUUCGAGCUUAUUCUUGUAACCAAAAUAUUUUGUUUAAUUAUUUAAGCCUAUGUAAAUAUUAUAUGAUCAAGUAAUAUCCCGGUCUUCCUGAAAACCUUAGAAUUUCCAUUUAUGGAAGAUUAAUAUUAUACCGAUUUAUGUAUAGACGAAUAAAUUAUGAAAUUAUGUGACUAGAUUAUCCAACAAA